UCCCCGCUGUCCUGCCCCCUGUGCCGGCCCGCCUCUCGCUGUCCCGCUCCCUCUCGCCCGCCCUUCGGCCCCCCCCCCUUUCCGCUCACUCUGUCUCUCCGACUGUCUCUGCCCCCCUCUGUCCUGCGAACAACAGCUGACCUCAUCCCCGACCCCUUCCCCCCCCAAAGUACAACAUCUGUCCGCCCCAGCCCCGGAAGGCCCGUCCCCCCCACGAUCAGAGGAUGCUCCCCGCCCCCCCAAACAAGCCAUCCCCCCGUUCUGCCCCGUCGCACAUUCGGCCCCGGCGACUCGGCCAGAGCGGCGCUGGCAGAGGAGUGUCCGGCAGGAGGGCCUUCGCCCGCUGCCAGGUUCGCAUGUCACGCAGCAGGAAGGUGGGCGGCGUCGGUGCCGGCUUCAGAACCAUGGCGCUUCCAGUGGGGAAGUCGAUGCUGGUGCUUCUUGCCUUCUUGGCCUUCGCCUCGUGCUGCUAUGCUGCUUACCGCCCCAGCGAGACCCUGUGCGGUGGGGAGCUCGUGGACACUCUGCAGUUCGUCUGUGGGGACCGCGGCUUCUACUUCAGCAGACCAGCCGGCCGUGCGAGCCGUCGCAGCAACCGUGGCAACGGGAUCGUGGAGGAGUGCUGCUUCCGCAGCUGCGACCUGGCACUUUUGGAGACCUACUGUGCCACCCCCGCCAAGUCCGAGAGGGAUGUGUCGACUCUCCCGACCGUGCUUCCGGACAACGCCCCCAAAUACCCCGCGGGCAAGCAGUUCCAACCCAGCGCCUCGCAGCCCUCCCAACGCCUGCGCCGAGGCCUGCCCGCCCUCCUGCGGGUCCGUCGCGGUCACAUGCUGGCCAGGGAGUUGGAAGCCUUCAAGGAGGCCAAACGCCAGCAGCGCCCCUUGAAUGCCCUGGCCACGCACGACCCCGCUGCCCGCGGGGGAGCCUCCCCAGAGGCGUCCAGCGAUCGGAAGUGAGCCAAACCAGCGUGAUUCUGCAGAACGGCCCCACCCUCCUCCUGCGCUCCUGACCGGACUUCCCACCAGGUCCCGGGACUUCCCAUCAGGUCCCCAAAACCUCUCUGCGCCGACCUCCUCCUCCUAGCGUGCCCCUGGCCGCCCCCUGCCCCAACCUCCCCAUGUCAGGCUACGGCCCUCGGCCCCUUCCAUCGGCCAACUACCUCAAAACGGCUCAAUCAAUUGGCUUAAAAUAUCCCCCCAAAUUACCCCCCAACAGCCUCAAAAUGUACAAAACCAACUAGCUUUGAAUAUCCCCCCAAAUUAUCCCGCAGGGAUAUUCAACAGCUUCAAAAACAAUUGGCUUAAAAUACCCCCCCAAAUUAUUCAACAGCCUCAAAAUGUACAAAACCAAUUGGCUUCAAAUAUCCCCCCAAAUUAUUAAACCAAAUUAUUCAAAUUAUCCCCAGCAAUAAUUCGACCAAACUAUUCGGCCAAAUUAUUCAACCAAAUUAUCACUCCAAAUUACAAUAAAAUCUAAAUCUCACACACACACACACACACACACACACACACAACACACACACACAAACACAAACACACACACACAAACACAAACACAAACACACACACACACACAAACACACACACACAAACACAAACACACACACAAACACAAACACAAACACACACACAAACACAAACACAUACACACACACAAACACAAACACACACACACACACACACACACACUCACACCAAGCCCUAAAACUAAUGGGCUAUUUAAAAACACCAAAAAUCCAAUUGGCCUUAAAAAAAAAACAACCCAAAAUUCUAAAAUAUUCAAUUGGCUGAAAAUACACUAAAAAACGAAUUGGCUAAAAACAAUUGGCAAGUAAAAGAAUUCGGCCCCCCCCCUCCGUCUCCUCCCCCAGGACCUCGAGUCACAUUGGCCUUGAGCUCGAGUCCUUGACCAUCCAGGAGAACGGAGGGACCAAAUUCUCAGGUGGGCAUGUCCUUGCCUCCCAGCGCCCCUGCCCUUUAGACCGGGCACUCUUAGCUGCACUGGCCGCCCACACCCAGCCUCGCCCCGGCUCGGCUCCCCACCUCUACCUGACACCAGAGGAGGGACCUGGGACAUGAACACCUGAAUCGGCACUAAUUAAACUUAAUUGGCACGAACCCCAACAUCCAUCCUGUAAAACCCCCACCCCACACCCAAAUCUUACACAUCUAUUCUACCUCACACACACACACACACACACAAACACACAUCACACACACACACAAACACAUACACAUACACACACACACACACACCAAGCCCCCCAAACUAAUGGGCUUUUUAAAAACACCAUAAAAUCCAAUUGGCCUUAAACAAACAAACAAAAACAAAAACCCCACCAAAAUCCUAAAAAAUUCAAUUGGCUGAAAAUACACUAAAAAACAAAUUGGCUUAAAAACACACAUACACAAACACCCUCACACACACACACACACCACACACACACACACACACACACACACACAUACACAAACACUCUCUCACACACACAACACAUAAACACACACACACACAACACAGACACACACACACACACACACACACACACACACACACUCUCUUACAGGAUGGAUGUAAAAUUGGUUUAGACCCCCCCCCCCCCCGCCCCUUCGUGCCAAUCUGAUCUGACCGAGUUCCAUCCCAAAUUCUGCUGCCGAUGUUCAUGCCCCAGCUCCCCUCCCAGCCCUGCCACAACCGCCUCGGCGGUUCCAUCCGUUUGAGAUGAAGGAGGGGGGGCCCUUGUCUGUCACCACGGCCCCCCCUCCCCGCAGUGUGAGCCGAUGCCCCCAGACCCAUCUGCGCACCCCGCCAUCCUGGGUGCCAGCGAGGACAGGAAGCGGCCAGACUUGGAGGUGCUAUACCCAAGCAAGGCAUGCCCCCUCGCCCCGUAGCCUGACCCCCAGGUGCACCUGACACCCGGGCCCUGGCCCGCGCACCUGGGCUCACCUUCGCCGGCCUCCUGGGGGCAGCUCUCAGCAAUGAGGCCCCCCCGGGAGGCCGGCGAAGGUGACGGGGAGUGUGGGAAGUCUGGCGGUUGGAGGGGUGGGUGGGGGGCAGUGGGGGCCCAGUGGGGGUGCUCUGGGGGAGGCACUGGCUGGAGAGGUUUUGGCCCCAAAUGUCAGAGAGCGAAUGUGUUGAGGAGACCUGCAGAAUUACAGACCCAAAUCGGAACCCCAAAUUGACGCCAAUUGAUCUAUUUCCCCUCUUUAAUUCGAUGCUCCUGGGGCUUCUUUCCUUUUUUUUUUUGACCCCUCCCUUCGCUUCCUCGCGCUCUCAUGUAACCUCCCGCCCGUAACAGGGGAGCAGCGACCAAAGCCAAGCGCAAGCCUUCGUUGUCACCACCACCACGGCCUGCUCCCCGCCAUUUAUCUCCCUGCGUUUUUUUUUUUUUAAUCUGUCCCUGUCGCUUGGGUAGAAUUGAGAGUGGGAGUCUCUGUGGGGUGCUCGCCACAACACCCCGCCGAGAAGUCCAAGGGGAAUGAGAGGGCCACUGCCCGGCCUGGCUCCCGGGGAUGGUGGCUGGUCCCCGGGGGUCCUGAGGGGCGGAGGAGGGGCGGGGCGGUGUUCCCCAGGUGUCAGGAAGGUGCUCGGAGGCCAUCAGGAGGGGGCCCCCGGCGGCGGCCGGGGGGGAAGGGACCUCGCACGUGAGAAGAAGGGCUUCAUCGGGCGUGAGCAGGUGGCCGCCUUCCGAGCACUUGGGGCCCGCGCCCCCCGCCUCUCGGUGACAUCUUGCCCGCCCCCUCGGCACCCCGUCUUGUCCUCCCCGGGAGGCUCUGGCUCUGCUGGGCCUCCCGGAGGCGGUGGGCGGGGCGAGGCCGGGCAGUCGGGGGGGUCAGGGGGGAGCCCAGCAGAGCAGAGAGCUGCCAGGUUGACUUGUCAACCAACUGGGGUUGCUUGGCCCUGAGGCCCCGGGCCUGGCACGGGCCGGCCACCACUCAUGCUCGUGCCUAGGGCGCCGCGGGGACGCGGGCGGCUGGGGGUUUACCUCCCCCCACUCCUGCCCCCAGCGCAGCCCCCCCGCGGGCGGCCCGACUAGCAAUCUAGAGGCCCGAGGCUUCAGGGCCCAGUGACGGGGCUGGCGUGACCCCGGGGGCGGUCAUGCCAGCCUGCCCUCUGGCACAGAGGGGCUUCGGCAGGUGCCCGGGGAAUGGGCCGUUCGGAACAUUGGCGGAACCCAAAGACCAAAUUGCCCUGACUGGAGACACCCACAGAUUGGCCCGAGAUCCAAAACGACUCCGAGGCACCCCCAAACGCCCGCCCAUUCGCCGGGCGCCCUCCCCACCCAGUGUUACCUCCUCGCCUCGCGGGGACGGGCGCCCGGGGCAUCUGCCGACCCUCCUCUGUGCCCCCCACUCAGCAGCUCUCCCAGGGUCCCUUCCAUCCGACCUGGCUCCCCACUCACCCCCGUGCCCAGGUGUGGCCGUCCAUCUCGUCUCUUCCCCCGGGUUCUCCCCACAACCGUCUCCAGCGGGACCCCUCUGUCCCCCCUGUGCCACCAGCUGGAGACCCCCCCACGCGCAGAACACCCUGUCACCGUGUCAUCGCCGCUGCCCCCUUUGCCAGCGGCCGUGUUCGCCUCGAUUCUUCCCUCUAACUCGCUGUCUCCGGCGGGGCCCAGUUCCUGGGCUCCGUCUCUAACCUUGAUGCUCGCAAACCCAAUAAAAUUUUCAAAUGCA